GUACCCACGGGCGUCCAGACAGCAUGUGGUCGACAAGGACAAUCCCGCUCUCUCUUUCUUUCCGUCCAUGUACAAGACUACUGCAGCAUGCAGAGCACCGCGCUCGCGGCUUUGCUACUGCGACCACAUCCUCCGCCUCAUCACCAUCACCAUCACCGUCCGAACUUGAGCCUAACACACACUAUCGCAUCACGCUACGACGCUCGGCAAUUUCCCUGCCAGUGCGGUACAAGGGUACACUGGUCGCGCUUGGUCUUCACCGACGAAUGCAGACGGUCUACCAUCGGCAUACCCCCGACAUUGCCGGCAAGAUCCUGCGUGUGAAGGAGCUCGUGCAGGUUGAAAAUGUGCCUGCGUCUGCGGUGAGGAACAAGACAGAGCAAAGAAGGGAGCGGAAAGCGCCAAGGGGUUAUGCCGUCGUGGGGUCGGGAUUGGAGCUGGAUCUAUGACAUGGACUAGCUGCUGCGAGGUUUUCAGAUCACAGAGAACACGUCUGUUGAAAACAGGGGAUAGCAGGUUCUGGAUUUUGUCACGGCCCAGGUCUGCCGGCAGGCUGAAUCCCGCAGAGCCAGAGGAGUGUUUUCCGAGUCAGGCCUUACUUGCUAUAUAUCCAACAGCGUGUAAUAAUGCACAACCACUGAGGCUCA